UUUAGUGUGCGUAAGUGGUGGGGCAGUUUCCUCUAAGCUAAGCACCGGUCUGCGUCUGCCGUCUGGUAACGGUAACAUUAAAUACGUUCGACACUGUUGAUGUUAUACGAAUGUUUGCACUUAGCGAAUGUUCUUUCUGAUCUUUUUCAUUUUUAAGAAAAUUGAGUACCUUCCUGGACAAAUUUGCAAUGCAGAGUGUUAUUAAUUCUGUAAAAGGCACUGCGCUUGGUGUUGCCGAGUACUUAACCCCAGUGUUAAAGGAAAGUAAAUUUCGAGAAACUGGAGUAUUAACACCAGAGGAGUUUGUAGCAGCAGGUGAUCAUUUGGUACAUCAUUGUCCAACGUGGCAGUGGGCUACUGGUGACGAAGAUAGAGUGAAAUCAUAUCUUCCCAAAAACAAACAAUUUUUAUUAACUCGUAAUGUUCCUUGUACUCGCAGAUGCAAACAGAUCGAAUACAGUAAAGAACAAGAAUGCAUUAUAGAAGCAGAUGAUCCAGAAGGUGGUUGGGUAGAUACACACCAUUAUGAUACUAGCCUUGGUGGAGUCGAAGAAAGAGUAACAGAAAUGACUUUGGAAGAAACACAACUUUCUCAGUCAAUCGGUACAGGAGAAAAUAAUGAAGGUGAUGACGAUAAUGAAGAUGAAGAUGAAGAUGCAGCAGAUAUGGAAGCUUUUGAAGUCAGUGGAAUGCUGGAUGAACAAGAUAAAUUUGCAGCAGAAACCACAAAGAAACCUGCCAAGGAAAAAUGGGAGCCAUUUUCUGAAGGAGAAAUCAUUCACACACGUACAUAUGAUUUAUACAUUACAUACGAUAAAUAUUAUCAAACACCCAGAUUGUGGCUUUCAGGAUACGAUGAGAAUCGCAAGCCUCUAACAGUGGAAGAAAUGUAUGAGGAUGUUAGUCAGGAUCAUGCCAAGAAAACUGUUACAAUGGAGAUUCAUCCCCAUAUACCUGGACCACCGAUGGCCUCUGUUCAUCCUUGCAGACAUGCCGAAGUAAUGAAGAAAAUUAUCGAAACAGUAAUGGAAGGUGGCCGUGAACUUGGUGUGCAUAUGUAUUUGAUAAUAUUCCUAAAAUUUGUGCAAUCUGUAAUUCCUACGGUCGAGUACGAUUAUACACAAAAUUUUAUGCUAAAUGCGUCUGGUUAAGAGCUUUAUAAGUUUUUACUGUACCUUGAAGAUAAUCGUGAUUUUAGUUUAUAAGCUUAUAAUAAGUAACAAAAUUAA